UGGGCGCUGUGCCUUUAAGGGGGCCGCCAGGAGGCUGCACCCGGGACAAAAUGUCUGCGGGCAUCGCCGGUCCCAGCCGCGCCGCCCGGCCCGGCUCCCGCCGCCUCCGCCGGGAUGCGCACUGCUGAUCCUUCUUCAGAAGUCUUGCUGCAACAUUCCUCACGAAAUAGUUGGGUCGUUUGGAUACCUGGAGGCAGUGACAGAUCAGAAGACCCUCAGGACCUAGUCCACAUCUAAUUAGAAGUUGCAGACAGAAUGAAGAGUGGUGAGCAAGCUGUGGCCAUGGAUGAGCCUCGCGGGCAGGAGGAGGCAGCCAGCCAGGCAACGCAGGAAGCUGGGCACCCAACUCGGAAGGACGCUGCCCCCCAGGCCCCGGGGCAGGGUGGCCUAGCUCCAGGGCCCGCCCCGAUGCCUCCUGGCCAGCUGGGGGCUCCCUACUCCGAGGUCUGGGGCUACUUUCACCUGGCGCCUGCCCGCCCGGGCCUCGAGGAGGGCCCGUGGGCCACAUGCCGGCUGUGCGGGGAGCAGGUGAGCCGCGGCUGGAGCUUCCAGGCGAGCACCCCCGAGCUGUGGAAGCACCUGAAGAGCGUGCACCAGCGAGAGCUGGAGAAGAGCGGCUCCCGCCUGUCGCAGCCCAGCCCGCCUGGCCCGCCGCUGCCCGCGCCGCCGCCGCCGCCGCAGCAGCCGCCGCAGCCGGGCCCGGGCCCCGCCGCCGCCGCGGCCGCCGAGGGCGAGUGGGGGCGCCUGCUGGAGCAGAUGCGCGCGCUGGCCCUGCGCGGCAGCCAGCGGGAGCGGGAGCUGGCUCGGCGGGAGGCGGCCGUGGAGCAGGCCGAGCGCGCCCUGGAGCUCCGCCGCAGGGUCCUGCAGGCCGAGGAGUGCGCGGCCGACCUGGCGCGGCGGGAGCUGCUGGCCGAGGAGCGAGUGGCAGAAAUGGUGCGGCGGGAGCUGCAGGCCGACCGCGAGCUGCUGCAGGCUCGGCUGCGGGAAGUGAGCCGCCGCGAGUGCGCCCUGGCGCUGGCCGCCGACCCGAAGCUGGCCGCCUUCAAAGAAGAGCCCGAGAGCGAGGGGGACGGCUAUCUCAUCACUAAGGUCUCCCUGUAGGGCUCCCGCCGGCCCCUCGGCGGGACCCACAGUCCUCAA